CGGUUUUGCUUACACGCCUCGCAUUGAAGUUAACGCAGGAAUCCUACCAUCUGUGUAUCGCGAGAAUGAGAGCAAAAAGUUACUGAAACGAAAAGGGACGAGAGAGAGAUACGGGAAAGCGGCGAACAGGGAGGCUGAGUGGGGGAAAGGGAAGGUGCUCACCACCCAUCAGACACAAAAGUGCCAGCACUUUCAAUAUUGUUCAUAUUGGAAACUGAUAGCACGACAAGACAUUUCCUGCCGAGAAGAAUCAGGCUGGUAAACUUUAAAAAGUGUUCAGAACACUGCCUUAUCGUUUUGCAUGGGUGGAUUUUUAAUAAUUUUGUAUUUUCAUCUGUUUUCUUUGGUAAAAACGUUUAUCCAGUACUGUACAGACUGUAAAAAAACAUCUGCUUAUUUUCUGGGGUGUGUGGAAGAUUUUCUCCUAUUGGAGAGAAGAUUUUCUUUUGAGGCCGCGCGAAAGUUUUGGAUAGAGAAGAGGACUUGAUCUCAUAUUAAAACUUUUUUUAACGUGGAGUUACUGCCCUAUAAGAAGAAAAUCUGCAAAGUAUGUGGCAGGGAGGAGUGCUGAAGCUUGCAUUGGGACUUGGAGCGGUUGUAUUGCUGAUCGCCGAGACCACGGGGAGUGCAACUGGAGAUGUGGAAGCUGACAAACAAGCAGAAUUCCAAGUGAAACGGAGAUCAAAGCGGAGAGGAGGGGGUGCUCAUGAUGUUCUUAAGGGGCCAAAUGUUUGUGGAUCACGAUCCAGUGCAUACUGCUGCCCAGGAUGGAAGACUCUUUCUGGGGGAAACCAAUGCAUUGUUCCGAUCUGCAGGAGCUCUUGUGGAGAUGGGUUUUGCUCCAGGCCCAACAUGUGCACUUGUCCUAAUGGUCAGAUUUCUCCUUCCUGUGGCACGACGUCAGUCCAGCACUGUAACAUCCGCUGCAUGAAUGGAGGCACAUGUGCGGAAGACAGCUGUCGUUGCCAGAAAGGAUACAACGGUGCUCACUGCGGCCAGCCUAUCUGCGAAUCGGGAUGCCUGAACGGAGGAAGGUGUGUGGCCCCAAACCGCUGUGCCUGUACUUAUGGCUUCACUGGGGCCCAGUGCGAAAGAGAUUACAGGACCGGGCCCUGCUUUGCUUCCGUGAGCAACCAGAUGUGCCAGGGCCAGCUGACGGGCAUCGUCUGCACCAAGACGCUGUGCUGCGCCACCGUGGGUCGGGCCUGGGGGCAUCCCUGCGAGAUGUGCCCUGCCCAGCCCCACCCCUGUCGUCGAGGUUUCAUCCCCAACCACCGAACUGGAGCCUGUCAAGAUGUGGACGAAUGCCAGGCCAUUCCUGGACUCUGUCAGGGGGGAUCCUGUAUUAACACGGUGGGAUCCUUUGAGUGCAAAUGUCCUGCUGGCCACAAAUUCAACGAGAUCACACAGAAAUGUGAAGAUAUCGAUGAGUGUGCCAACAUCCCAGGCCUUUGUAUUGCUGGUGAAUGUUCCAAUACAGUUGGCAGCUACUUCUGCAAGUGUCCCCAGGGUUACUACACCCCCCCGGAUGGCUCCAGGUGCAUAGAUAGCCGACCCGGAUACUGCUUCUCCAGUAUCCUGAGUGGUCGCUGUGCCAACCAGCUCUCCCAGCCGCUGACCAGGAUGCAGUGCUGCUGUGCCAGUGGCCAGUGCUGGUCGGACGGCUCCACUCCAGAGAUGUGCCCCAUUCCCGGGACAGAGGACUACCACAAACUUUGCUUACAAAUCCUGCCCAUCGAUCCCAUUGGUCCACAUGUUCCGCUUGAUCCUUUGGGUCCAGUCAGGCCAGACCUGGUUUAUCCUCUACAGCCACAACCCCAACCAGUGCCAUUUCAGCCUGUCCCGCCAGUUCACAUCCCAAUUCCUCCUCCAAUUGAACCUCCAAUUAUUGUGACCCAAAACAUCACCGACAUCUGCCAGGCGUACCGCAACCUGUGUCUCAAUGGCCAGUGCGUCCCUACACCAGGAAGCUACCGUUGCCAGUGCAAUAUGGGCUUCAAGCUGGACAGGCGCGGGGAGUGUGUCGAUGAAGACGAGUGCGAGAGGAGCCCCUGCCUGCACGGCGAGUGCGUCAACAUGGCCGGAUCAUACUUCUGCCACUGUCCUGCCGGCUUCCAGAGCACUGCCACCCGAACUGAAUGUCGAGAUCUGGACGAGUGCGUGGCCAAUGGACGCAUCUGCAACAACGGCCGCUGCGUCAACACCGACGGCAGCUUCCACUGUGUGUGCAACGCCGGCUUUGAGCUCACCACCGACAGGAGGAACUGCCAAGAUCAGGACGAGUGUCUCCUCACCAACAUCUGCCUCAAUGGCAUGUGCAUUAACGAUGAUGGCAGCUUCAAAUGCAUCUGCAAGUCUGGCUUCCAACUGGAUUCCACAGGUCGACACUGCCUAGACAUCGACGAGUGUGAAACUCAGGGCAUAUGCAUGAACGGCCAGUGCGUCAACACAGCGGGCUCCUUCCGGUGUGACUGCAUGCCAGGCCUGGCUGUUGGCCUGGGUGGCCGAGUCUGUGUGGACACACACAUGCGCAGCACGUGUUACGGAGGUUACAAGAGGGGACAGUGCGUGAAGCCGUUUAUUGGCGCCGUGACCAAGUCCGAGUGUUGCUGCGCCAACCCUGAGUACGGUUUUGGCGAGCCGUGCCAGCCGUGCCCAUCGCAGAGCUCAGCUGAAUUUUUGGCACUGUGCAACCACGGAAUAGGAAGCAGUACUGAUGGCAGGGAUAUAAACGAGUGCGCUUUGGACCCUGACAUAUGCCAAAAUGGCGUCUGUGAGAACAUGCUACGCACUUAUAAAUGUAACUGCAACACUGGAUUUGAAGUCGACACAACCGGCAAAAAUUGUUUUGAUAUCGACGAGUGUGCUAUCAACCGGUUGCUGUGCGAUAACGGCCUGUGCCGAAAUACCCCAGGCAGCUUCACCUGUCAUUGCCAGAAAGGCUUCGCCUUCAACGCGGAGACCGACGUGUGUGAGGACAUCGAUGAAUGCGCGUCCAAGCCUUGCGUGAACGCUGAGUGCAGGAACACGGCGGGGUCCUUCUUUUGCCAGUGCUCGACAGGCAGUGUUCUAGACGACUCUGGCCUUCUGUGUGUCGAAAAAAGCAAAGGCACGUGCUGGCUGAAAGCUAUCAACGGCCGGUGCGAGGUCAACAUCAAUGGGGCCACGCUGAAGUCUCACUGUUGCGCCACGCUGGGGGAGGCCUGGGGCAGCCCGUGUAGCCGGUGUGAGGCAGAUCCCUUUUGUCCUAAGGGACAUGCCCGCAUUAGAGGGACAGUGUGUGAAGAUGUGAAUGAGUGUGAAGUGUUUCCUGGAGUUUGCAUCAACGGAAAGUGUGUAAAUACCGUGGGAUCUUUUGUUUGCCAGUGUCCCAGUGGGAUGACAGUGGAUGCCACUGGUAGAACGUGUAUUGACUUACGCACUGAGCUGUGCUACCUGAGCCACGAGGACGAGCGCUGCGGUGCCUCCAUCCCAGGCCGGCACCGCGUGGACGCCUGCUGCUGCUCGGUGGGCGUAGCCUGGGGUCCCGAAUGCGACGAGUGCCCUGAGAAGGGCAGCCCCGAGUUCAGCCAGCUCUGCCCCCGUGGCCCUGGCUUCUCCAACAGGGGCGACUUCAUCAACGGGAAGCCCUUCCUGAAAGAUAUCAAUGAGUGCAAGAUGAUCCAUAGCCUGUGCACCAACGGAAAAUGCCGGAACACCAUCGGCAGCUUCAGAUGCAGGUGCAAUAGCGGAUUUGCCCUGGAUUCAGAUGAAAGGAACUGCACUGACAUUGACGAGUGUCGGAUCUCGCCCGACCUCUGUGGCCAGGGCACCUGUGUCAACACAGCGGGGGACUUUGAGUGCGAGUGUUUCUCCGGCUACGAGAGCGGCUUCAUGAUGAUGAAGAACUGCAUGGACAUCGAUGAGUGUGAGAGGAACCCGUUGCUGUGCCGAGGUGGGGAGUGCGUCAACACCGAGGGCAGCUUCACCUGUAUCUGCCCCGAGGGCCAUGAGAUCGCCCUGGAUGGGUCUGCCUGUCUGGAUAUCAAUGAGUGUGAACUAAGCGACAAGCUGUGCAGGAACGGCCAGUGUGUGAACGUGAUUGGUGGUUACCAGUGCUCAUGCAACAUGGGCUACAAAUCUACAGAGGACAGGCUGUCCUGCGUCGACAUCGACGAGUGCACCAUCCAAAAUGGCGGCUGCGAUAACUUCUGCACCAACUCAGAGGGCAGCUACGAGUGCAGCUGCCACAGCGGCUACGCCCUAAUGCCGGAUCACAGGAGCUGCACAGAUAUCGAUGAGUGUGAAGACAGUCCAGACAUCUGUGAAGGAGGCCAGUGCACAAACAUCCCUGGCGAAUACCAGUGCCUGUGCUUCGAUGGGUUCAUGUCCUCGGAUGACAUGAAGACCUGUCUGGAUGUCGACGAGUGCCAUCUCAAUCCCAACAUCUGCUUGAAUGGGAACUGCGAAAACACGAAGGGCUCGUUCAUAUGUCACUGCGACCUGGGCUACUCAGUGAGGAAAGGCUCGACGGGCUGCACAGAUAUUAACGAGUGUGAGAUCGGCGCUCACAACUGUGACCGGCAUGCCUCGUGCACCAACACGGCAGGGAGCUUCAAGUGCAGCUGUGGGCCCGGCUGGUUCGGCGAUGGCAUAACCUGCACCGACCUGGACGAGUGCUCCACCGACACCAACCAAUGCAACCACAACGCAGAGUGCAGGAACACCCUGGGCUCCUACCGCUGUGUCUGCAAGGAGGGCUUCACCGGGAACGGCUUCUUCUGCACAGACGUCGACGAGUGUGCAGAGAAUGUCAACCUGUGCGAGAACGGCCACUGCCUGAAUGUGCCGGGCGGCUACCGUUGCGAGUGCGACAUGGCCUUCAUCCCAACUCCAGAUGGGAAGGCGUGUGAGGACAUAGACGAGUGCACCUUUGAAGAUAUCUGCCUCAACGGGAGGUGUAGGAAUACACCAGGCUUUUUCCAUUGUGAAUGCGACACAGGGUACGAGCUGGACAAGAGCAGGGUUAACUGCACAGAUAUAAACGAAUGCUCCAUUCCAACCAUGUGCAUCAGCGGCAUCUGCACCAACACUCACGGCAGCUACAUGUGCACCUGUCCACCGGGCUUCACACCGAACCCGACGAGGGUCGGCUGCGUAGACAAGCGAUCUGGCAACUGCUACCUGGAUGUGAUUCUGAGAGGCGACGCCUCUGAGAAUCUGGACUGUUCCAACGAGAUCGGUGUGGGGGUGUCCAAGGCCUCAUGCUGCUGCUCGCAGGGCCGCGCUUGGGGAAGCCCGUGUGAGGUCUGCCCCCCUGUCAACUCUACCGGAUACAAAACCCUAUGUCCCGGCGGGGAAGGAUUCCGACCCAACCCCGUCACUGUCAUUUUGGAAGACAUCGAGGAGUGUAAGGAACUUCCAGGCCUGUGCCAAGGAGGAAACUGCAUCAACACCUUCGGGAGUUUCUAUUGCGAAUGUCCCAAGGGUUUCGAGCUGAAUGAGGAGACCAGAAUUUGUGAAGAUGUUGAUGAAUGUAAGAGACCGGGGAUCUGUGGACCGGGCCAGUGUUACAACACUAUUGGAAACUACACUUGCAUCUGUCCACCGGACUACAUGCAGGUCAACGGUGGAAACAACUGCAUGGACAUGAGAAAGAGCCUGUGUUAUCGGCACUUCCACUCGGAAAAUGGCACCUGCGUUGGCGAGCUGGCCUUCAACAUGACCAAGAAGAUGUGCUGCUGCUCGUACAACAUCGGCCGGGCCUGGAACAAGCCGUGCGAACAGUGCCCUGUCCCCAGCACCAAUGACUUCGCCAUCCUGUGUGGCAGUGAGAGGCCUGGAUAUUACAUUGACAUUUACACCGGACAGGUCAUUGAUAUUGACGAGUGCAGGGAGAUUCCAGGUGUGUGUGAGAACGGGGUCUGCAUCAACCUGAUUGGCAGCUUCAGGUGCGAGUGUCCGGCAGGCUUCAUCUACAAUGAUAAGCUACUCAUCUGCGAAGACAUCGACGAGUGCCAGAACGGGCCGGUGUGUCAGCACAACGCAGAGUGCCUGAACCUGCCGGGGAGCUUCCGCUGCGAAUGCAAGCAGGGUUAUCGUCUCACCUCCACCGGACAGUGCCUGGAUCGCAAUGAAUGCAUUGAGAACCCCAGCGUCUGUAAUCCUGGGAAGUGUUAUGACACUGACGGCAGUUACAAAUGCGUUUGUCCAAACGGCUUCAAGGCCACUCCAGAUCUGUCUAUGUGUAUAGAUGUGGACGAGUGCGAAAGGCUGCCGUGUGCAAACGGGAUCUGCAAGAACACAGUGGGCUCCUAUAACUGCCUGUGCUACCCCGGCUUUGAGCUGUCCCACAACAACGACUGCAUCGACAUGGAUGAAUGCUCCUCGCAGAGGUCCCUCUGCCUAAACGGGCGCUGCAUCAACACGCUGGGCUCCUUCACGUGCGUCUGCCGCAACGGUUACGAGCUGACAGCCGACGGCAGGAUCUGUGUAGACAUAAAUGAGUGCCUGGUGAAUCCAGGGACAUGCAGUCCAGGAACCUGUCAGAAUCUCGAUGGCACCUAUCGGUGCAUCUGCCCAUCCGGGUACUACGUGACUGAUGAGAGAUGUGAAGACAUUGAUGAGUGUGCGCAGAGCGCCGACUUCUGCGUGUUGGGGACCUGCUCGAACACAGAAGGCAGCUUCCGUUGCCUCUGUCCAGAUGGCUUCCUUCUCUCCCCUUCUGGAAGGAGAUGCCUUGAUCUCCGCGUUAACUACUGCUUCACCAAGUUCGAAAAUGGUAUUUGCCAGGCACCCAAACCCCACAACACCACCAAAGGAGACUGUUGCUGCAGUGCCAUGCCAGGGCAGGGCUGGGGACAGCCCUGUGAAAUUUGUCCCGACAUGAAUGAUGAGGCAUUUGCUUUGCUGUGCCCCGCAGUUGGUCAGACCUUCGACAAAGACAACAAUCCAAUAGACAUAGAUGAGUGCACAGCAAACCCUAACAUAUGCAACAACGGGCAGUGCAUCAACACAGACCGGUCUUACCGCUGCGAAUGUCCCUUUGGAUACCGGCUGGACUACAGCGGCGUCAGAUGUGAAGAUAUCAACGAGUGUGACGUGGGCAACCCUUGCGGUAACGGGACAUGCACCAACGUGGUCGGGGCCUUUGAGUGCAGCUGUGACGAUGGCUUUGAGCCUGGCCCCAUGGUCACCUGUGAAGAUGUGAACGAAUGCUCCCAGAAUCCCCUGCUCUGUGCGUUCCGCUGCAUCAACACUGUGGGCUCGUACGAGUGCAUGUGCCCCGCAGGCUACAUCCUGCGUGAAGACGGGAGGAUGUGCAAAGAUCAAAAUGAGUGUGAGGAUGGGAUUGAUGACUGUGGAAGCAGAGGAAUGAUCUGCAAGAACCUGAUUGGCACUUACAUGUGCAUCUGUGUCCCUGGCUACGUCCGGCAGCCCAACGGUGACAGCUGCGUAGACCUGAAUGAGUGCUCAGCCAGACCGGGUAUCUGUGAAAACGGCCGCUGCGAGAACACGAUAGGGAGUUACCGCUGCAGGUGUGACUCGGGCUUCGCUCCAGGCCCCUCGCACACGGAGUGCAUUGACAACAGGCAGGGAUUCUGCUUCACGGAAGUGUUGCAGACUUUGUGCCAGAUGACGUCCACCAGCCGCACCAGCGUCACCAAGUCUGAGUGCUGCUGCGACGGCGGGCGAGGCUGGGGCCACAACUGCGAGCUCUGCCCCCUACCGGGCACCGCACAGUAUAAGAAGAUGUGCCCGCUGGGCCCUGGGUACACCACCGACCGCAGAGAUAUCGACGAGUGUCACGUCAUGGGGAACUUGUGCCGUAACGGGCAGUGCGUCAACACUCAGGGCUCCUACAGAUGCAUCUGCAAUCCCGGCUACACCACAGACAUUGCUUUGACCACCUGCGUGGAUGUGGAUGAGUGUAUCCAGGCGCCCAAGCCAUGCAACUUCAUCUGCAAGAACACAGACGGAGGCUUCCUGUGCUCCUGCCCGAGGGGAUACAUCCUCCAGGAGGAUAGGAAGAGCUGCAGAGAUCUGGACGAGUGCUCAACCAAACAGCACAACUGCCAGUUCCUGUGUGUCAACACCAUCGGGGGCUUCACCUGCAAGUGCCCCCCCGGCUUCAGCCAGCACCACACGGCCUGCAUCGACAAGAAUGAGUGCGCGAUGGACCCCGGGCUUUGUGGCUCAGACGGCGUGUGCCAAAACAGUCCCGGCAGCUUCAGCUGUGAGUGUCAGCGCGGAUACAUCCUGGACCAGAGUGGACAGAAGUGCGAAGACGUGAACGAGUGCGAGGAGAACCAUCGCUGCCAGCACGGCUGUCAGAACCUGGUGGGCGGAUAUCGGUGCAGCUGUCCCCAGGGAUACCUCCAGCACUACCAGUGGAACCAGUGCAUAGAUGAAAACGAGUGCCAGAACAGCCAGGUGUGUGGCGACGCUUCCUGCCACAACACGCUGGGCAGUUUCCGCUGCCUCUGCCCCACCGGCUACGACUACCAGGCGUUCAGUGGGGCCUGCGAGGACGUCAACGAGUGCUCGUCCUCCCAGAAACCCUGCAGCCAUGGCUGCUCCAACACUGAAGGGGGCUACCUGUGUGGUUGCCCACCAGGCUACUACCGAGCAGGACAAGGGCACUGCGUCACUGGUCUGGGCUUUGGGAGCGGAGUCCAGGGUACCGACAGUGACGACAACGCCCUCUCCCCUGAGGCCUGCUAUGAAUGCAAAAUCAACGGUUACCCCAAAAAAGGCAGAAAACGCAGGAGCGCCAAUGUAACAGACGAUGGAGUUCUUAGCGGCUCACAAGAUGAGCAAGAGAUGGUGAGCCUUGCGAGCGUGGAUCUGGAAAACACUUUCCUGCUCAACCUCAGCAUCAGCAAUAUGAGCAGCAAACAACGCAUCCUAGAGUUCACACCCGCUCUGUCCGCCCUCAGCAACCACAUCCGUUACCUGAUUGACUUUGGGAAUGAGGAGGGCCUCUUCAGGAUCAACCAGAAGGAAGGAAUAAGCUACCUUCACUUAGCCAAGAUGAAACUUCAGCCCGGAGCGCAUUAUUUACAAAUCAGCAGUAUUCCGCUGUACGGAAAGAGAGAACUGGCCCAGCUGGAAGACAAGAAUGACAAAGACUACCUCACCGGGCAGCUGGGGGACACGCUGAAAAUGAAAGUGCAGAUCAUUCUCCAAUAACAGCACAAGGAAACGGAGAAAUUACGUGCAACCAAAGAGACAGAAGAACAGCACAGUUGAUUCCCAAAGACGAUUCCACAUAUCAUGGAUUCAAUCUCUUAUUGCCUGCAGCGAGUGCAGAAAAGCGGCCUCUUCCGGAGCAGACGCGGGGCGGGGUGGGGUGGGGGGGUAGAAUCAGCCCCAUGGUUUGUCAUCUUCUCAGGCUUUUGUGCAGAAAGCUCCUCGUUGAAUAAGGGUUUGCAUAAUGAUAUGUUGAAUCUUGCGACAAUCCGUGGGACACAAAUUUCAGAAAGGCACUGAUGCUAAGACUGUUUAUUUUGAUUUAUUUUUAUUUUUUUUUUAAGAAAACCGCAUAGCUGAUGUUGAGGAUUUGGAUCGGCCUUGAAGGACUUUUUCAUACUUCUGCUUUUCCAUCUUUUCAGCUGACUAGAUUGGUAUUCUAUUACGUAUUAACUUCUGCUGGCAACGUGACAUCCUAGGAUUAAAAAAAUAAACCGUAAAAUGUCAGAUUGCCCAAGUCUGGGGUAUGGAGACCCAAAAGUGGCAAAAAGGGGAAGGUUUGCGGCUGUACAGUAACGGCCACCGUGGUGGUACCAAGAGACUCUUUAUUUCAUUAUGUUUUGGGUUUGAAUUUUGCGUCGUGUCAGUAAAUCGUGGCAUUUUAUUAUUUCAGUGACGAGACUGAAGUCACUGUUUUCCGGUCGAGGAUGAAAUUCUUUUAAGCAGGUUCCUGUGAAUGUUUCUCUGGAUCGCUAAGGAAAAUACUUGGGCCUUCUUAAGUUUUACAGACCAGAUAGCCAAAAAAAAACAACUUUACUGUCUGAAAAUUAAAUCUGCAACCAACCAAAGUUUAGCUCAGUAGCCUCUUUGUUUUCAGUUAUAUCUAUAUUACAUGUAAAUGAAGUGUUUUAUACUGUAACCAUACCACUGUUUUAAUAAUCAAAGCAAUUGUUAACUACAUAAAGCCCUGGAAGGAAGGGUUUUGUAAUGGUGCUUAUAAUGACCAACUACUUAAUUGUAUACACCAUUCUGAUGAGGUAAUAUCUGUGACUGAACAUUAUGCACUGAGGCCUGGUUGGCCACACCCACUCCCGCAAGUACAAUCAGUGCUGUCGUCAAAGAUGAUGCAACCACCUUUCACUACCAGUGUUUGUUCACAUCGGUGAGGGAUUAGUUUCUGUAAAUUCACAAUAAAAACAUUUUUUUUUUGGUUUAA